AUGGCUCCCAAUGUGGGCCAGUGCCUUCAAGCACGGGGCCAGUUCCUCAGCUGUGCCGAGUAUAAGUUUUAUUUUCUAUUUCUAUACUUCAUUUCAGAGGCUGGUGGAAAGUGUGGGCCUCCACCAAGAAUUGAUAAUGGAGACAUUGUUUCAUUCCCAUUAAAACAAUAUGUACUAAAUUCAACAGUGGAAUAUAAAUGCAAAAGUUUGCAUAUAUUGAAGGGACCUCAAAGUGUUAGAUGUGACUCUGGACAAUGGACAGACCCACCGGUUUGCUUAGAGCCUUGUACCGUAACCCCGGAGGAUAUGGAGAGGAACAAAAUACAGCUGAGAUGGCCUUAUGAACAAAAAUUCUAUGUGUUUUCAGGGAUCUUUGUUCAAUUUGUGUGUAAAUGGGGAUAUAAAUUGGAUCCAACAUCUUCUGGACUUAGGGUACAAUGUUUAGAGGGGAGUCUGGAAUACCCUAAAUGUAAACACAGGAAGAAGUAAUCUUUAGUUUAACCACAAUAUUGAUAACUUGUCCACUAAGCCAAGUUUUUUAUUUAUUUAUUUUUAUUGAAGAUGUCUAAGGGUGUAUAAAAUACAAUCAAUACAUGACAUAGUGACUGCACAGAGUCAAAUAUAAUAUUCUCUGAAAUUCUAAUGUAUAAAGUGAGAUUUAUGCCUUGUUCACAAGAUAAAAACUGUUGCUUAAUAUCAAAGUGUUGAAUAUUCCAGUAGAAAUAUGCAAGUUAUUAUUAAGAAAUUAAAAACAUGAGAUCAGAUCCCCAGCUGGGAUAAAUCAGUGUAACUCUGUUAAUUUGGAGAGGUUAUUUUGAUAAUGGUGUUUUAAAUGGAGAAGGAACAGGGAAUCUUGGAUCCUUAAAACAUAUUUUUGGAUUAAAGUGUCCUCUAAUGACAUUAAGAGAUUUUCCUUGGCACCCAACCCUGUGCCAAGAAUUAUUCACAUGAGAGUCUCCCUCCUCAUGCUUCAUGGCACUUUGACUCAAGCCCCAAGAGCAUUUGUUUGUAAAGUUUGUAUGUAACAGGCAAGACUAUAGAGAAUUCUACAAUAAGGAAAUUAACAGUUUGUGGUAGAUGAUACUACAGCUGGUUGAACAUCAGAAUGUCCCUUCUGUGGGACAUUCUAGAAUUUUGAUUUUAAAAAAAUCAUUCUGUUUCAGAACAAAAAGUGAAAAUUUCCCACGGAAGGAACGUUCCAAAAAAUUCAGUUGACAAAUAAUUGAAGCAUUUAUUUUGAAAAUUUCAAAAUGAAAUUCCAUGGCAGAGAGCCCAAGUCUGAGGUUCCUGGUUCAGCCAUGUCUCUUCGGGCUUCCGGAUGCCCUGCCACAGAGCUGCCACUGAGCUAGUUCAGUCACUGAGAAAACCUGGGACUUCCUGCCAUGGAGCCAGGAGUCUGGAAGCUCUCAGGGCUACUAUUAGCUUCAAAAAUAUAUCUUUACAAGUAACUUCUUUACUUUCCAUUUUUUUCUAGCUGAUUGGUUCCUUCAGAUGAAUGAAAAUAAGCAUCUAACAGUAUCUUUAACCAGCAUCUUACGUUCAAUAUCCAUUAACCAGUUAUUUGUAAUAUUCACAGAUUGUUUCCUGGUUGUUGUUUUUUUUUGGCAUAUUUGCAUGGAUUACAGUUUACAUGUAUGGGUUACACACGUUUAUUUAUGUCUUUGAUCAAAGAUACAUUUCUACAACUAAUUUCAAGUAAAGCAGGAUGGGCAACUGGGUUUGGAUAAAAUAAGAUCUGAGCCAAAUCUUCACCCCAAACUCAAACCAACGCCAAACCUUUUUUUGAUGCUUAAAACGUAAUCACAUAUGCUUCUGCACUUCCUAUUUUUGCUAAUAUGCUGAUAGAAGUAGUAUUUCCCACCUGGCCAAUAGGAGGAUGUAUGGGAAAUCUCCCUAGCAACCUUGAUCUUGUACCAGAAUGUUGGUUUUGUUCAGGAAAACAUUCAGACCUUUUUACUUUUGGGGGGAAAAACUGACUUUCGGGAAAAGAAAAUAAUUUAGUAGAUGCAACCACAAUCUAUUUAACAGAAUUGAUAGAAAUGAUUGUUCCUUUUGGUUAAAGAUUAAACAUGCAUAAUCUUAAUUUUCUUUUUUUUUAAAUGA